GUAAAGCGCGGGCGUAAAAAAAAAAAACCAACAACAACACAGAAGGGGAAGGUCGCGCGCCGCUCUUUCCUUUCCCCCCCCUCCCACCACCUCCCGCGACGAUACCUGCGGGGGCGGGGCCGAGUAUGCAGAUGACCCGCCGCGGGGCGGGGCCGACGAUGCAAAUUAAAGCCUCCAGGCAGCGCGUUCAGGUGAGCGCCGCGCCGGAGGCCGCACAGAGCUAGCAGCAGCUGUGAAGAUUUAUCUGUGCGUCUUUGGAGAACCGACUGACCGUCAGCAUGAUGUUUCUCCGACGACUGUUAGACCUCCAGUGGCAAAGAAUGACUCUGACGUGGUGGAAGCUCUGUGGCUUCCGGCACAGUAGCAGCAAUGGAGCUGAAUCUCACUUGAUGCCCCUGCCAACACAAGCGCAAGUCGUUAUCUGUGGUGGUGGAAUCAUGGGCACCUCAGUGGCAUAUCAUCUCUCCAAGCUAGGGUGGAAGGACAUUGUCUUACUGGAGCAGGGCAGGCUGGCAGCCGGUUCCACUCGGUUCUGCGCAGGCGUCGUAAGCACAGUGCGGCAUUUGUCCAUCGAGCUGAAGAUGGCCGAUUACUCAAGGAAGCUCUAUCAGCAACUCGAGCAAGAGACGGGUGUGAAAACUGGUUACAUGAGGACGGGCUCCAUCUCACUAGCUCAGACCCAAGACCGGCUGAUCUCGCUGAAGCGCAUAGCCUCGCGACUCAAAAUCAUGGGUAUUCCCUGUGAGCUUAUCCCGCCAAAGAGAGUGGCCCAGCUCCACCCCUUUAUCAACAUCCACGACCUGGUGGGGGCCCUGCAUGUGCCCGAGGACGCCGUCAUAUCAUCUGCUGACGUGACCCACGCUUUGGCCAAUGCUGCUGCAGCAAACGGUGUUCAAAUCCACGAACGAACCAGUGUCAUCCACGUCUUGGGCCAGAAGGGCUGCGUAACUGGAGUGGAGACGGACAGAGGGAUGAUUGAGUGCCCAUACUUCGUUAACUGUGCUGGGCAGUGGGCUUACGAGCUUGGCCUUUCCAACGAGGAGCCGGUCAGCAUCCCGCUGCAUGCCUGCGAGCACUUCUACCUUCUGACGCGCCCCCUGAAGACCCCCCUGGAGAGUAGCACUCCAACUAUUGUGGACCUGGAUGGGAGGAUCUACAUCCGCAGCUGGCAGGGGGGCAUCCUCUCGGGUGGCUUUGAGAAGAACCCCAAGCCUAUUUUCACCGAGGGCAAGAAUCAGCUGGAGAUACAGAACUUGCAGGAGGACUGGGAUCACUUUGAGCCACUGCUGAGUGCCUUGCUGCGGAGGAUGCCGGAUAUGGAGGCCCUGGAGAUAGUGCAGCUGGUGAAUUGCCCAGAAUCCUUUACUCCAGACAUGCGGUGCAUCAUGGGAGAAUCCCCCACCAGACAGGGCUACUUCGUCCUAGCAGGAAUGAAUGCGGCUGGGACAUCUUUUGGAGGUGGUGCAGGCAAGUUCCUGGCCGAAUGGAUGGUGAACGGCUACCCCUCCGACAACGUCUGGCCCCUGGACCUGAAGCGCUUUGGAGCUCUGCAGAGCAGCCGUACCUUCCUCCGUCAUCGGGUCAUGGAAGUGAUGCCCCUGAUUUACGACUUAAAAGUUCCCCGCUGGGAUUUCCAGACUGGCCGGCAACUCCGCACGUCUCCCCUUUACGACAGGCUGGACGCCCAGGGAGCGAGAUGGAUGGAGAAGCAUGGCUUUGAGAGGGCAAAAUUCUUUGUCCCUCCAGGGAAAGAUUUGCUGGCUCUGGAUCAGAGCAAGACGUUUUACAAGCCGGAUUGGUUUGACAUUGUGGGGGCAGAGGUCAAGUGCUGCAAAGAGGCCGUGUGUGUCAUUGACAUGUCUUCUUUCACCAAGUUCGAGAUAAGCUCCACGGGAGGACAAGCUUUGGAAAUUCUGCAGUAUCUCUUCUCCAACGACUUGGAUGUGCCAGUUGGGCAUAUUGUGCAUACGGGGAUGCUCAAUCACAACGGAGGGUAUGAGAACGACUGCAGCAUAGCCCGCCUGAACAAACGCAGCUUCUUCAUGAUUUCCCCCACAGACCAGCAGGUUCACUGCUGGGCCUGGUUGAAGAAGCACUUGCCCAAAGACAGCAACCUCUUCUUGGAAGACGUAACCUGGAAAUACACAGCCUUGAAUCUGAUUGGCCCACGGGCCAUGGAUGUCCUGUCGGAGCUCUCCUAUGCACCAAUGACGCCCGAACACUUCCCUUCCCUCUUUUGUAAGGAGAUGAGUGUCGGCUAUGCCAAUGGCAUCCGUGUCAUGAGUAUGACGCACACGGGAGAGCCCGGUUUCAUGCUUUACAUCCCCAUCGAGUAUGCCCUCCACGUGUACAAUGAGGUGAUGAGUGUGGGGCAGAAGUAUGGGAUCCGGAACUCUGGCUAUUACGCCCUCCGCAGCUUGCGCAUUGAGAAGUUUUUUGCCUUCUGGGGACAAGACCUGGACGCUUUCACCACCCCUAUGGAAUGCGGGCGAGAAUUCCGGGUGAAGCUGGACAAGGGCAUGGAUUUCAUUGGGAGGGACGCGCUGAUGGCUCAGAAGCAGGAAGGGGUCUACAAGCGCUUCACCAUGUUCAUCCUGGAAGACCAUAACACCGACCUGGACUUGUGGCCCUGGUGGGGGGAACCCAUCUAUCGCAACGGCUGCUACGUGGGCAAGACCACCAGCAGCGCUUACAGUUACACACUGGAGCGGCAUGUCUGCCUGGGCUUCGUUCAAAACCUGGACCCCGAGACCGGCAAGGAGCAGCUGGUCACCCCAGACUUUGUCAACCGGGGCGAAUACGAGAUUGACAUUGCGGGACAGCGCUUCCAAGCCAAGGCCAAACUGUACCCCUUCAGCUCCCUCUUCACCUCCCGCCGGCGCAAGGACGAGAUGGAAUUCAGCGGCUUCCAGGGAAAAUAAUCCCACGAAGCGCCAGACUUUUCCCACCUUGCUCUUUGGGCUUCUUAAGACUUCCUGGUCUGUUACAUUUUGUAUAUUUUAACCCUUUUCCUUCCUUCCUUUCCCAAAGUGAUCCUGCAGCUCCCAGCCUAAAGGGGUAUUUAUGAGGGCGAGGUGCGACCCUCUGUUUCCGGAGCAAGCAGAAACUUCCUUGGGGUCCCUCAGCCGUCAUGGAGAGUUCAAGGUCUGGGGAAUUUGGCGGGACCCCUUGGGAUCUGGAAUGGCCUGCAGAGGGAGACCUGUUGCUUGCUAUGGGCACCUGCUAACAUGAAAACAUUCUGGUCCUUCAAGAGGGGUCAAUAGAAAUGGCAAGAGGAUUAUCUCAUCUUCAUCUCCAGCAUAGGAGACGGGCCAUUCUGUUAGCAAGAGGCUCUUGGUGGUUUUGGCAGGCAUCUGCAUCAAUCUAUGGGACGCUCAGGAAGUCCUUCAGAUAGGAAUAGAGCCGCCUGAUGUUACUCAUCUCCUCCUAGCAGCCCUUUGCUCCCUCUUCAGGACCUAUUUCAGGAGAGCUACUUUUGGUUCUGCUGCCUCUCGAGUUGUUGUCCUGUCAUGGCCAACUCCUUCUUGGGUGCCCUCCAGAGACGUGGACUUCAACUCCCAGGAUUCUCGGCACAGACAUGGGAGAUAAUGAGAGACUGCAAGGCAGCCGGGCUGGAGGAAGCCGUUUCCUUGCAUAUCUGCAGCUUGUGCAAUAGACGGGGGGGUGGGAGGGGGUCGGGGGGUGUUUGAGACUUUGGGGUAAGCAGCUUUCUCCAUAAUUUUUAAGGCUGAUCCAACAUGCAGCUCGCUUUGGGAUCUAACCAUUGUUCCCCCUCAUCCCCACAAAAACUUCGUAUUUGGCCCAAAAUUAUGCCAGCCCUGCAGCCCCCAACCCUGGUGAUCAUCUCAUCAGCAUGAGGUCGGGCAAUUCAGCAACCCACCUGGAGGCUUCCUUCCCCAUCAUUUUUGGAGCUCCAAAGGCCCACCAAGAUUCUGCCACAAACCCAAAAGGCCACAGCAGUGCAGCUUUUUGCUUGGCGGGAAGUCCAGAUGAGCAGUGAUGAAGUCCUCUUGUGGUGCUUCUGGCAGGCUUAACGCUUUGCCUCUUUUUCUCCUAUCCCAGCCACCCACCCACAGGGGGGGUGGGGGGGUUGGGUCUCUCACCAAUUCUUGGCCAGGAAGACUGGCUCUUUUGGACACCUAGCCUCUUCUCUCCCCAGUGCUUAACACAUUGUAAGCCGCCCUGAGUCUCCGGAGAAGGGCGGCAUAUAAAUCAAAUUUUUAAAAAAAAGAAAAAGGAAUAAACGACCACUUUGUAGGUCUUCUUCCCUCCUAGCCAGUUAGUUCGCUCUAAUCCUCCUCUUUUAGGCUCCCUCUGGAUGAAGAAGGCUGGGAAGGAGAAGUUGGGGAAAGUGAUUCUGUUCCAAAGUUCUCUUCAUUGGCUGCCGGAGACAUUUUGGUAGGCUCUUCUCCUUGCCCUUCCUUUGUUCUACCUGUGAUCUCUCCUCUCUGCCAGUCAAGGUGUGUGUAGCACCUGCACCUCUGAACCUGCCAGUUUCCCAUCCUGGGAUGAGCAGUAGGGAAGAGCGUUUUCCAAACUUCUUCUUUGUGAAAAAUUCCCUUUACGGGGACUUUUGUCUCAUCCCGAGAGUCUGCUCAGGCCUUGUUGACGAAUCAGGGUGGCAUCUUCAGGCUCCCGGGGACAAGGGCAGUUUGGAAGCAGCACCGACUGGAGCCCAGCAGGGCCUGCUGAGAAUAGCUCAGGGGUUGCCCGGAGACCCUCAUCCUCUCUGUGCCUCUUCCUUUCAAGCUGGCUGGGCUGCAGCACCCUGAAGGCUGGCCUGGUCUGCUUGGGAAGAGGGGCAGAAGAGCUGGCCACUGCCUUGCAGGUUGGGAACCUGGGAGAAGACGGGGCAGGAGGAUCAGAGAGGGACCACCGGCCUUCCCAGUGGGUGCCCCUCGGGUUGGGUUUGCACUACAGUUCCCGCCACCUAUCCCCAUUGAGGAGGUCUGUUUUUUGCCUAUCAAAGCUCUUCCCCCUUCGUCCUUGUGCCAAAGAGAUCUGCUCCUUCAUUGCCUUUUCCAUCAUCAGCCUUGAAAGAGUUUUGAGUGAAGACUUCCCUGCCCCCCUCCUCACUUUUUGCAUUGCCUACCAAGCUUCUCCGUGUAUGUCUGUCCAGGCUGACGUUCUCUUUCCAGAAACUCUUCCGUGCAAUUCUCGUGUUUCUUUGCCUUCUGGCUUAGCUGCUCCUGCCUUUUGGGGAAAUGCUGGGAGACUCAAGUCCCUCUGCUGCCCUCCUUCCCUUGCAGCCCCUUCCUCCUUUGCCAUUCUCCAAUGCACUUUAGGAACCUUUCCUCCACUUUGGCGUUGAAUUUGCCCCUCCGCCCUGGAUCUUGGGUUUCUUUCUAGAAUUCACCUCCCAAAUCGAUGGAGGGAAAGAUCAUUGUUAUUAAUACGUCGUGAUCAUUUACGAAAGCCGAAAAAGCUUCCCUGGGCAGCUACUUCCACAUGGCCUGAAGCUGAGGAAGCCGCCACUGCUCCUCCUCCUCUUCAGAGUGCCUUACACUCGCGAUGUGACCAUGGAGGGGCUUAGCUCGGCCUUGCCCUCUGCCCCGUCUCAGCCAGUUUAGUGCCUAAAAGCCUUGGACUCAUCCGGACACCGAUGGCUGAGAGACAGAAAACCCUCCUGGCUUUGCAAGGCAUCUUGGCAGACUUUGCUGGGGAAAUCUGCUUGUCUGAACUCCGCAGGUCUUCUUCAGUAGAUGGGUCCUGGCCUGAAGCCCCCCAUGGGAGCAUCAGCUUCCCCCACCCCCCAGUUCUGCCCUUUUCCAACUGGGAAGCUGCUGCUUCAGCACACAACCUAUCUGCAAGGAACUCUUGUCUCAGAGUUGGUUUUUUUUUUUAAGGCCACCGUGUUUGUACAUCAAUAAAGACUUGAUUAGCUACAAA